AUGGCUGCGAAUAUGUACAGAGUCGGCGACUGCGUCUAUUUCGAGACGUCGUCGACGUCUCCGUACCAGAUCCGACGGAUAGAGGAGCUGAACAAGACGCCCUCUGGCAACGUGGAAGCAAAAGUCAUGUGCUUCUACAGGCGGCGGGACCUCCCUAAUCCUCUUAUACAGUUAGCAGAUAAGCAUCAAAUGGCCCAGUCAGAAGACUCACCAGUCGCAAUGAAACUCAAAAAAAUAUGCCUUAAGACGCCGGUCGGCGAGGAACAAGCGGCACAAGCAGUCCUCGACCCUGCGCUAGUGGCGAUGGAGGAGGAAUCUAGCGAGUUGCCUGGCACAGAUGGUCUGGCGCCAAAGCAGCGGCAUCAAGCUAAACACCGGGAACUGUUCCUUUCGAGACACGUAGAGACGCUACCGGCGACGCACAUACGCGGCAAAUGCACUGUCACGUUACUCAACGAAACAGAGUCGCUGCUCAGCUAUCUCAAUAAGGAUGACACAUUUUUUUAUUGUUUAGUAUUUGAUCCUUCACAAAAGACUUUAUUAGCAGAUAAGGGAGAAAUCAGAGUUGGAAGUAGAUAUCAGACUGAAGUAACUAAUUUAUUAAAAGAAGGCGAAGAGGACCCACGCAACACGGAAGAAUUAGAAACACUGGUAUGGACACCCGAACACGGGCUAACAGACAGACAGAUCGAUCAGUUCUUGGUGGUUUCACGCUCCGUGGGCACGUUCGCUCGCGCGCUCGACUGCUCGUCAAGCGUCAAGCAGCCCUCCUUGCACAUGUCCGCCGCUGCUGCUAGCCGCGACAUUACACUCUUCCACGCUAUGGAUACACUGCACAAAUCGGGAUACAGCAUAGAAACAGCACUGUCAUCACUAGUGCCGGCGUCAGGACCAGUACUGUGUCGCGACGAGAUGGAGGAGUGGUCUGCCUCUGAGGCCAACCUCUUUGAAGAAGCGCUUGACAAGUACGGCAAGGACUUCGCUGAUAUACGGCAGGACUUUUUGCCAUGGAAGACGCUAAAAAACCUUGUGGAGUACUACUAUAUGUGGAAGACGACGGACCGUUACGUGCAACAAAAGCGUGUGAAAGCAGUGGAGGCAGAGUCCAAGCUGAAACAAGUGUACAUUCCCAACUACAACAAACCGAACCCAGCUCUGAUCACAAGCAACAGUUCCAGCGGCAAGGCCGCGGGGACCGUGCUCAACGGUGGCACCAACGGCACCGCCACCGUCGCCGUCUCAGCGCCACACCUCUGUGCAUCCUGCCAAGUGACAAAUUCAAACCAGUGGUACACAUGGGGUCCGCAGCAUUUACAAUACAGACUAUGCGGCUCAUGUUGGCAAUACUGGAAAAAAUAUGGCGGUCUUAAGACUGCUGGAGUGUUUAGUGAAACCGAAGUAGAGGUCGCGAAAGGACCUCGGGGCGAAGGUGAGGACACGGCUCUGUCGGUAUCCCACCGUCCACACCGCUGUACUGUUCUCAACUGUGCUAAGGAGUUCAAGCUGCGCGCGCACCUGGCGCGGCACGUGGCCACCGCACACGGAUCGGGCGAGGGCGCGCGGCCCGUGAUGAAGACGCGCGCCGCCUUCUACCUGCGCGCCACGCCCUUCACGCGCCUCGCGCGCCGCCUCACGCGCGCGCUGCGCCGCCCGCGACACUACGCGCGCUCGCCCUUCUCGCCCAUCAACCUGGCGCAGGUGAAGCACGAGUGCAGCGUGGCCAUGGGCGGCCUGGGCGGCGCAGAGCUGCGCGCGCCGGCGGCUCCCAGCGGCGUGCCGCGCGUGCGCGGGCCGGUGGGCGCGGUGGCGGCGCGUCUGUCGGCCGCGCGCGGCGUGCCCGUGGCGCCGGCGCGCGCGCACGACUGGCUCACGCUCACGCCGCGCGACCGCAUGCCCGCCCCGCCGCACGUCGCCUUCCCCAAGCCCCCCAAGGCGCCCGAUGGUAGUUUGAUGUACGAGCGCGUGUUAUCCCGCGCUGAGCUGGAAGCGAGGCGCGCUGAGGCUGCACCCGUACAGCCACUUAAGCGACGCGCUUACGACGACCUGAACGGACUCGACAGAGUGGGCAGCGCUGCCGGCGGCGCGGCUCCACCUCCGGCCAAGCGGCCCAACAAGCAUCCUGCGCCGAUGCAGCGGCCGUCGCGCGAGCAGUACGCCGCUAUGUGUGCGCGCGCGCAGGCCACGGGACAGCCGCUGCCCGCGCACGUCUUCACUCACGUCAACGGAAAGCCGACUAACAUCAGCGGCCGCGGUGGCCGUCGACCCGUCAUCUCUUGGAUGGAUGCGCCCGACGAUCUUUACUUCCGGGCGAAUGAAACGACCAAGGCGGUCCGGCGUAGCCUGUCGUGCGGAGAGCUGCGGCGAGGAGCCCGAGCGCCGUGGCGCGCUAUGCGCGGGGGCGCGGGGGUCGCGGGCGGUGCGGCGGGCGGCGCGACGGGCGGCAAGGCGGCGGCGCCCGCGCAGGCCCCGCCGCUGCAGCUGGUCAUCCUGGACUGA